AUGGCUGAGACUGAGAACAAGGGAGACGUGAAAACAGAACCCAAGAAGGAACCUGACGCCGAAACCCCCGCUGUGGAACCGACCGCAGAACCGACUGCUCUGGAGAGGAAAAUCUACCAGCAGGUGGAGUACUACUUCGGGGACCACAACCUGACCCGAGAUCGCUUCCUGCAGGGAGAGAUCAAGAAAGACGAAGGCUGGGUUCCUUUGGAGACUCUGGUCAAGUUCAACAGACUCAAGGCUCUGUCUGAAGACUAUGAUGUCAUCUGUGCAGCUCUUGAAAAAUCUCCCAGCAAACUCAUGGAGGUUAGUGAAGACCACACGAAGGUGAGGAGAGUCCCCAGCAAAGCUCUGCCCAAAAACACAGAGCAGUGGAGGUCGGAAAACAAGGCCAGGACUGUGUACUGUAAAGGGUUCCACCAAGACGACACCUUAGACGUGAUCCAGGAGUUCUUCCAAGACAAGGGCAAGGUGGAGACGGUCUACAUGAGACGUAAUGAGAACAAGGAGUUCAAGGGUUCAGUGUUCGCCACCUUCGGCAGUCUGGACGAUGCUAAGAAGUUUGUGGAAAUGGAAGGAGUCCAGUACAAGGGGGAGGACGUCAAGAAGAUGUUCAAGAACGAGUACUUCAACAUGAAAUUGGAAGAAAAGAAGAAGAAAAAGGAGGAAGAGAAGCAGAAGCUGGAAGAAGAGACAGACAUGUUGGAGAAGAAGAAAGCAGAGGAAAAACAGAAAGAUGUGGAAUAUACCAAGGGCUGCAUUCUCCACUUCUCAGGUGCGCCAGAUGACACCAUCCGUGAGGAGGUCUCCAAGGUGUUCCAGACGUUUGGAGACGUCAAGUGGAUCGACUUCAACAAGGGAGACACACAGGGCACCGUGAGAUUCGCCUCGCCAGGCGCUGCGGCUGCUGCUGCCCAGGAGGCUGAUGGGAAGGUGACGCUAAAGGGGGAGGAGCUGACCUGCAGGGUAUUGGAAGGUGAGGAAGAGAAGACCCACUGGCUGCAGGUGUACGAGAACCAGAGUAAAGUCCGACAGCAGAAGAAGAAGAUGAAGUUUGGACACGGCCGCGGGCGGGGCCGCGGACGGGGUCGGGGCAGGGGACGCGGGCGUUACCAUGGAGACCGGGACAGCCGGGACAACGACAGAAGCACAACAUUCCAGGGGAAGAAAACUCGACUGGACAGCGACGGGGAGGGCAGUGAUGGUGAGCCACAGCAGAAGAUGGAGGCCACGUCUGCCACGGCCAAGCGAAGUCUGGAGGAGUCAGUCAAGGAGGACGAGCCCGCCAAGAAACACUUGAAGACUGAGGCAGACUGAGACGUUGCCGACGGGAGGGGAUUUAUUAUUUUUGUACCUCUUUGGCAGGGCUGUCUCCAGUUUUUUUUCUGCCUCACCCAAUGUUUGGGAGCCCAUGUUAGUUUUUGUUGUUAUAUCUGUCAUUUUAAUCUUACAAAGAUACUUUUU